AUGCUGGCGCCACCUGUGAUUGUCUCACGGACACACGUCUCGUCAACUAGGUCUGAUAGAAGUCUCUGUGGUUGCGUAUUUAAGUCACGGCUCCAGACAGACAGGUCCUCACAUUCUUGUGUCAAGAUUGUACGCUUGACUAAGCUUCAGACAACAACCAUGAAUCCAGCUUUGACCUCCAUCUGUCUGCUGGUCAUCGCCCAACUGACCCGAGCAGACGAUGUCCAGUUACUGACGUCUGCAUCGUCAGGCUUCGCCCAGAAACUCUACAAUAAACUGGCGGCCGUCAAACCAGCGUCUGCCAUCUACUCACCGUUCAGCAUCCACUCGGCCCUGUCGAUGACCUCGCUCGGAGCUCGUGGCGAGACCGCUACUGAACUGUCAACGACACUGGGGCUAACGGCCCUGACCGGCAAUUCGGUUCACCAUGCCUACCAUGACCUUAUCAAGCAGCUGAACAAUGUCACAGACGUGAAACUGCACACAGCCAACGCAGUCUUCGUCAACCCAAACAUCGCCAUAGAGGAACAGUUCAUCAAAGAUGUUAAGACUGAGUAUUUAGCCACCAGCUCCAACUUUGACCUGGCCGCAGUGGGUGGCCCAGAGAAGGCCAUCAACGAUUUCGUCAGCGAAAAGACUGAGGGUUUGAUCAAGGAUGUUCUACCACAAGGAUCCAUCGACGCCUUGACCGCCAUGGUUCUGCUCAACACCAUCUUCUUCAACGGCACGUGGCUCGAGAAGUUCGACCAGUACAACACAAAAAAGUCAAACUUCCAGAAACUGGGCGGAGCCAAGUCUCAGGUAGACAUGAUGUAUGCUGAAAGAUCUGUCAACAUCAAGAGAAACGUGCAGGGAGUUGACGUGGCCGAGUUACCCUUCAAGGGCGGACGAUUCUCUCUCUACAUCGCCCUGCCGCAGGAGACUGAGGGCCUUGCUACUCUAGAAAACUUCCUGAACAGCCCGAGUUACCUGACCGAACUGUUUGAAGGACUGAGCCGUGUCCGAGUCAGAUUGAGUGUCCCUAAGUUUAGGAUCGAGUCGACCUUUGAGCUCAACUCCGCUCUCAAGGAACUAGGCAUUCGUAAGGCCUUUGAUCAAUCGUCUGCCAACUUCCAGGGAAUCAGCGCAACUGGUAACGUUUACAUCAGCGAGGUCAUCCACAAGGCCGUUAUAGAAGUCAAGGAGACCGGGACAGUGGCGGCAGCCGUGACAGUCAUCGGGAUCAAGACAGCAUCCAUUGAAUUACCCCCAGAAGAGGAGUUCAACGCCGACCACCCGUUCGUGUUCUUCCUACGAGACAACCAGAGCGAGGAGAUUUUGUUCCAGGGAAAAUACUUGGGAUAA